CCAUGCUCCCCCAUCGAUGAUUCUCCACCUCUACAAAAGACAACAACAAACCGAAAUGUCGAGACUUGCGUCGGAGUGAUUCGGCUACCUUUGUUUUUGUGUGUUGGCCAGAGAAGAGGUGUUGAAUUGAUUUUGCGCUGCCUGGAAGUAGAAUCGCGCGGAUUUGGCGGCCCGUGUGUGUUGGUGUGGUCAAAACCGAAAUCAAAAUCGAAUAACGUGCAAUUAGGGGUCAGUAACCCAGCCAAACAAAAGUGAUAAGAGUGCAAUAGAGGGUCCUUUGGGAAAGGACUUCGGCAACAAAGGAAGGAAUCCGUGGAAGGACAAAUGUGAGCAGAUAAAAAGCGAGAGAUACAAAAACAUGUCCAACUUCAUUGCCAAAACACUACAGGAAUCUCUUUAAAUCUUCGGUGUGACCAAAAAAAUAAAUAAAUAAACAAAGAAAUACGCGAAUAAAUGAUCUAAGGAAUCGAAGGAAUCUCAAGAGAGGAAGAAAGAGAGCAGCCGCAAGGAGAGAAAGACGGAUAUGCCGCAGAGCUGAUCGAUUGACCGAGUUAACAAUUGCGCCGCGAGCUGGUUAAAUGGUUUACGAUGUCGUCGUCGGGCAAGCACAUCGAACAGUAUACGAAUCCAUCCUUCGAGCAGGAAGCCGACCCUCCGCCAGGGGGUGUGGCAUCUGCGGGAGCAGUCCCAGGCACAGGCACCGCCGGCAACGAUGCCGGCACGACACAUCGCAAAGGUCACAGGCGGCAGGAAUCGAUGUACCAGAUGACCGGCCUCUAUUCGGAGACGAACAGCGGCGACGACAGCAGCAUAGAUGCCGCCCUCGACCAGGAGCACCAUCAGCACCCGCACCAGCACCACCAGCCAUCCCACUUGGUCGGGGAUACGGUGGCGUCGUCGGCCCAGGCAGUGGGUGGGCCGGACAGUGUGAUGGUCAAGUGCCACAGUCGGCAGGCGUCGGCGGGCAAGUGUCCGGUGCCGGACCCGGAGGAGGACUUCGACGAGGAGCAGUUCCGCACGGGCGAUUGCGGAAUCCUCAACUGUAGACCGUAUGGAAUCCAGCGGUUCGCCCGCAUCAAGAUCUUCGUCCUGCUGCUCUCCCUGCUGGUGAUGAUGCAGCAGGCCCUCAGCUCCGGCUACAUCAACUCGGUGAUCACCACCAUCGAGAAACGCUUCGAGAUCCCCUCCAGCUACUCGGGCCUGAUAGCCUCCAGCUAUGAGAUCGGCAACGUGAUCACUGUGAUCUUCGUCAGUUACCUGGGCAGCCGGCGGCACAUACCCGUGUGGAUUGGCAUCGGGGCGGUGAUCAUGGGCAUCGGGUCGCUGGUGUUCAUGGUGCCGCACUUCACGGGCGAACCCAAUCCGGGCAUUGCGAUCAAGAACAAGAGUAGCGACAACAUCUGCAAGAGUGCUCUGGUGCGGGACCAGGACAUGGACCUGGGCCGCCUCUCCAGCGGCCUCUCCAACCAGCCGCUGGCCCCGCACACUCUGCGCGAGGACAACUGCCUGGAGGGCAAGGCCUCCACCACGGGCCCAGUGCUGCUCUUCGUCCUGGCCCAGCUGCUGCUCGGCUGCGGCGGCAGUCCACUGUUCACCCUGGGCACCACCUACGUGGACGACCACGUGCGCACAGAGAGCUCCUCGAUGUACAUCGGUUUCAUGUACAGCAUGGGUGCCUUCGGGCCCGUCGUGGGAUUCCUGCUGGGCGCCUACCUGCUCUCCUUCCACAUGGACUCCCUGUCGUCCACCAUUAUAUCCAUCACUCCUGGGGACAGGCGGUGGGUGGGAAUGUGGUGGGGCGGCUUCCUGCUCUGCGGCGUAGUCCUGCUGGUGGUGGCCGUGCCUUUCUUCUCCUUUCCCAAGGUGCUGGCCGGCGAGAAAAAGAAGAUCCGCAAGAGCAGUGUGGUGCAGCCGGCGCUGCCCAACAACUCCGGAGCCACGGUGGCCACCGACGAAAUGGGAAAGGUCAAGAAGGUGGAGAUCGUGGCGGUGACCAGCAAGGAGGACCAAUCGCAGCCGCCGCCCAAGGUGGACACGGGCUACGGGAAGGACAUAAAGGACAUACCGCAGUCGAUGCUCCGGCUGGUCAAGAACCCCGUCUACAUCGUCACCUGCCUGGGAGCCUGCAUGGAGCUGAUGAUAGUCUCCGGGUUUGUGGUAUUCUUGCCCAAGUACCUGGAGACGCAGUUCAGCCUGGGGAAGAGCCAGGCCAACAUAUUCACGGGAUCUAUUGCGGUGCCGGGCGCCUGCAUCGGCAUCUUCCUCGGCGGCUGCAUCCUGAAGCGGUUCCAGCUGAAGCCCAAGGGCGCGGUGCAGUUCGUGCUGAUCACCAACGUCAUCUGCCUGGCCUGCUACGCCAUGCUGUUCUUCCUGGGCUGCGACAACCUGAAGAUGGCCGGCACCACCAUUCCCUACUACACCAGCAACAAGCCCGGCGCGACCAUAGAGCCCUUCCAGGUCAACCUAACGGCGGCCUGUAACUUCGGAUGCGAGUGCCUCACCAGCGAGGUGGAGCCGGUGUGCGGCAACAACGGCCUCACCUACUUCAGUCCCUGCCACGCCGGCUGCACGGCCUUCUCCUCCAGCUCAAACUAUACCAACUGUGCAUGUGUUCACGCCAACAUCUCGAGCAGCCUAUACCGGGGCGCUGGCGGCAGCCAGGCCCAGGCGCUCAGUGCCAACGAGGACUUUGCCGAGGUGACAGUGGUGCCUGUGGCCACUGCCGGACCUUGUGCGACGCCCUGCCGCACCAUCUACCCCUUCCUCAUCCUGCUGUUCUUCAUGACGUUCGUGGUGGCCUCCACCCAGAUGCCACUCCUGAUGAUUGUGCUGCGAUCGGUGUCGGAGGAGGAGCGCUCCUUUGCCUUGGGCAUGCAGUUUGUCAUUUUCCGCCUCUUCGGCUACAUACCUGCCCCCAUACUCUUUGGCAACCUGAUCGACUCCACGUGUCUACUUUGGAAGUCGUCCUGCGGCGAGAAAGGCGGUCGCUGCCUCAUCUACGACAUUGAAAAGUUCCGAUACAAAUACGUGGGCCUCUGUGCUACUGUCAAGCUGAUUGCUCUGUUCAUUUUCAUUGUGGAUUGGUGGUUGGUGCGGAGGCGCAAGCAACUCGAAAAGAUGAAGCCUCUGAAUGCCAGCGACCCCAUCAUUGGCUCCAUCAUAAGUCUUGACAAAUUAUUCGAGGAGAAGCGAUCUGCUGCUGAACCACCAACGGCAUUCGUUGGAAGCGGAGGAGAGCUGAUUAUACCGACAGAGAUUCUCCGCCACUCUCGCAACGAUUCCCGCACAAUGCAAAUGGACUAUUGCUACGACAAAUGCGGCCAUGUGGUAACACCGACAAACACCUGCAACCAGCCGCAGACCAAAUCCAAGAAGCACUUCCGCAGCGCCUCGUGUGACGUGAAGAUGAUCAAGAGCUUCGCCCGGGAUCACGGAUCGGCGGGCGGACCGGCAGACGCGGCUGGCCAGGAGGCUGGUGCCAGCAACAAAUACAAGAAUCUCAAGAAAUUCCAGGCCCACACGCGCAACCACUCAACGGAUCUGCACGACCCCAGCCAGCCCAUUCGAUAUAUUCAGAACCAAUUGCGGCCGCAGGACUGUGCCGAGGAGGAUGACGAUGACGAGCUCACCACGGGCUGUGGCCAUUUCGUGAAGAAGCACUCGCGGAACCACAGCUACGACCAGAUCUACAUGCCAAACAACAUUCGAUUCGAUGCAGACUUCCUGCGUCACCCCCACGCUCACCACAACCCCAAGAAGAACGUGAAUGUUCUGAAGAAUGUGGUGUCGGAUUUGGGGAAGCUGAAAAACUCGAAUGAGAUGGAAUCUGGGGGAACUGGCUCUCGUGGUCAUUCGCGCAACAAUUCCAAGGACUUAAACACCAAAAUUCCCAGUGGAACGGCGUCAAACAGCAGCGCUGGACAACCAACCGCGGACGCCACUGCCACGGGUGCGGGUCUGAGUGUGCUACGCCAUCGUCGCACCAACUCGAAGGAUCUGAACUACCAGAUACUGCCGGAGACUGCCCCCGCCAGUUCUUUGGCAGCUCAUUCACAUGCGCAUCCGCAUCCGCAUCCCCAGCACACACGGAACUCGUCGCACCACAAGAUUCAGAUAGACGACGACCGAAACGAACUCAUCAACGACAAUGACGACGAGGAGGAGGAACGCUCCAACUGUGCUUAGUGUAAUGUCGAGUAGCUUUAAGCUAGGAUUUUCGGUUUGUGGCAGAGCAGCAUUCCUGGCGGCAAUCGCCUCUGUGUACGUGAAUGUGUCUGUGUUCCAUGCCCGUUGCCCGUAUCCCGUUGCCCGAUGAAGUGACUCCCACUCUCAGCUGCUCAUUGUACUUACGACCGAGUGUUCAAAUCUACCUUUUUGGUAGACCUCAUCAAAAAUAGAAGUUCUUUGAUAUAUGAAA